AUGGAAAGAGCUGUUUUGCAGGAGCCCACACGGAGCUCCUCCUCCCUCCUCCGCUCGGCUCCUCCAGCUGCGAGGCCACCUGUGCCACGCCUCCAGAGCCCUGUGGACGUCCAGCGUUUUGGUCCAGUCCUGUCAGUGUCUGUGGAUGUAGUGACUCCUGUUCCAGGGUCUUACAGUCUGAGGCUGGAGGGAGGAGCCAGUCGCUGUCAGGGGGAGGUGCAGCUGCAGAGACCAGAUUGUGAUGAAGUCCUCUCUGUCUCAGACUUUGUGCGGCUGGUUGGAGGCUCUGGUCUCUCCUCUGGAUCACUGCAGAUAUGGGACCAGUCCUGGAUCCCGGUCUGUGAAGGGGCCUUGGACCUGCGGGGAGCAGAGGUGCUGUGCAGGGAGCUGGGCUGCGAUGAUCCUUCUGUCCUCCAGGGGGAGCUCUCUCCUCUGGGGCCGACGUUCCACUGUGAGGGCCAUGAGUCUGCUCUGAUGGACUGUCCCCGCUCCAGACCCAAGACCUGUUUCUCUGGACCCAGUGAGGACAUCAUCUGCUCAGGCUGGAGGGAGGAGCCAGCCGCUGUGCUGGGAUCCUGGAGCUCGGAUACAGAGGAGAGUGGAGACGAGUGGAUCCUGGAUCCUGGAGGAGACAGCAGCUGUGUGCAGAGACCUGGACUGUGGAUCUGCUGUUUCUGA